CAAAGUUAGACAUGUAGGAGAGCUAAAAGAUGAAUUGAAGCACAGGAGUACAAACACUUCUUUUAAGGCCGGUGUUUGAGCUCGUUUUUAUUAUUUUGCCAUCCACACUUCAGCCCACAGUGUGUACACACACCACACCUUGCUCCCUCUUGAAAUGUGAAACACCCCAAUGUCAAACACUGUUGUGAAAACAAGGUGUGCACCGGCCAAAUGGUCAUUGUUUGCCAUUUUAUAUCAGCACUGAAACUGGGCUCCGGUGUAAGCGUGAUGUCACACUGGGUAUAAGAGACGCAGGCAGGCGUUUGCCCGCCUGUUAGUGGAUUUAUCCCGUGACCCUCUGUGAGACCACCUUUACAGGAGCAAUCUACCAAGGAGCAAUGGCGUUCCAGUCCAAUGUGAUCAGCUCGCAGCCUCAGGUCACCGUCACUCAGUACACAGUGACGUCCGGGUCCGCAGACUGGAGUUCAAACGUGUGCGACUGCUGUGAAGACUGUGGCAUCUGUCUGUGUGCCACGUUCUUACCGUGUAUCCUGGGCUGCCAGGUGGCUCAGGACCACGGGGAGAGCUGCUGCCUGCCCUUCCUCCCAGGGGCCAUGAUCGCUCUGAGGACCAGCAUGCGAGACAAAUACCACAUCGAGGUAAGAGCGUUCAGUUUUGUCUAA